AUGAUGCAGGAAGGGGUCAAUGUUGUUGGAUUUGAAGUCCCACCUUCACCGGAUGCUAGCUACAACAACCCUGUUCCUGGAAAUGAAGAUGAAGGUCGGGAGCCCCCAUUGGUCCCUCCUCAUCUCCAGCAUACGCUACUGAGCUUCCCACCAAGCCAAGAUGAAUCGAGCCCCCUACCUCAACCCCAGACCGUGGUGCUCAACCACCUUUACAUUGAGAAAGAGAGCACAAGAUCCGUGGUUGCUCUGGGGAUCACGCACCGGUUCAGGGCGAAGUUUGUGACAGUUGUUCUUUACAAGCCAGUGCUGAGGCGGUAG